AUGUAUAUAAAAUGUUAUCCUAUCGUAGUCGCCGAGCAAAUGAUCGAUAAUAGUCAAGAGCAAAAGUUAAAACGAAUUACACCUAUUAAUGAAGAAAAACCAUCUACAUCUAUCGUUAUUGAUGAACAACCAAUACUAUCACGUGAUCAACAAGUUGAAAAAAUAUCUGUUGUACCUUCAACAACAAAACGUUACCAUGGUUCUAAAAACAAAUUCAUUAGUUCGAAAACAAUUCGUCGUUCGAAUACAAUGCGAUCGAAAUAA